UAGCCCCUGUUGUAGGACAGGAAAUUCUCCAACUGGACUGAUUCAUUUUUAUUUUUUCAGGCGAGUUGUCGUCAAAGAAUUCAUCUGUCGUCUCUAAAUUAAGUAAAAUAUAAGAACUUGAUACCAGUUCGUAGGGUUUGGGAAAGACAUGGCAGAUGAAAACACACAGUUCUGUGGCAACUGCAAGCGGGACAUUCCAGAGGCCAACUUCACAACCCAUGAGAUUCACUGUCGAAGAAACAUUGCACUCUGUGAUGUUUGCCAUGAGCCGGUUCCCCAAUCAGACCUUGAGGAACACAAGAUUCAGGAGCACACACAGAUUUUAUGCAAGUGUGGCUUGAAAAUUGAGAAGAAUUAUCUUGAUGUGCAUCAGAUCUCUGAGUGCUCCCAGCGGCUCGUUCCAUGCCAGUACUGUGAACUGGAGCUUGUUUUCAGCCAGUCCAAAGACCACGAGGAUUACUGCGGCGCACGCACUGAGCCUUGCCCGCACUGCAAGAACAACGUGAUGCUGCGAGAACAAGCCGUGCACUCGGUCACGUGUGGAAGCCUCACUCCUCCGCAAGAGAGAAACAACAGUAAAGCCAUGUUCACUCAAGUCGAACAGCCGUAUUCCGAUGUGUGGCUUGGAGCUCACUCCAUCAGAAACCACCUGGGAGGGCAAGACAGAGGUCCAAAAAACAAUAACAUCAGUGCGGUGGAACACGUAUUGUUUCCUCGCCUAUUCGACCCCCCAGUUUACAGCACUUCACAUGGACGUCAGGCGCUAACAAAUCAGAACACAACACCUCAGGGAACAACAUUUAGUCAAUCCCUGGAGCAGGGGGAUUUUCUGCUUGGCGGCGGYGACGGGUGGCCGCUCAGCGAUCACACAGCAGAUGAGGAUUCGUCAAACCUCGACUACAUGUUGGCUCUCAGCCUUCAGGGUGACGGAGAAACGGCUGGAGGCGCAGAGGGAAACGCAUGGAGCAGCAUCUGGGACCAAAAGGUUGAGGACACGUCUGGAACGUCUUCAUUCUUCAAGUCCAGCUUCAACCGUCCAAACUUAUCAGGAGGGACAAACACAGGCGAUGUCCAAGACAAGAGUCAGACAGAUACCAUGCUGCCUUGUGAGUUCUGUGAGGAGCUGUUUCCUGAAGAGGACCUUAUUUUGCAUCAGACCGGCUGCAGUCCAGCCUCUGCCUUUGCAUCUUUUAGCAAGCAGCCGUCCUCUCCACCUAAACCAGAGGAGACGACCCAGAGUUCAUCUGGACCAAUCCAAAGCAUUCCUGACACUCUGCUAUCUAACAGUCCCACCUUACCUCGGUCUGCCUCGCCAGCCUCGUACAGUUCACCUGUCAGUCCUCUAGAGGGCGAUACGCUCAUCCCGUGUGAGUUCUGUGGCGUGGCUCUGGAGGAGUCUGUUGUCUUCCAUCAUCAGGACAAAUGUGACAUGCACCCAGAGACUGCCCACCAGCUGAAUAACAGUGCACCUAUCAAAGAAAGUCCUGCAAAUAACACCUUUGGACAAAUGGCUCCAGAUUUUCAGAGAAGAAUGAAGCACCAAGCUGACGUUCUGGAGGAAGAUUUCGAGUCUUUCAGGACCACAACACCCAGACACGGCUUUGAAGCCUGGGACAGGGACUUUGGGCUUCCAGAUUUAAAGACGAAGCUGGGUGGUGAUGCAUCGUCAAGACCCAGAGCUCAGCAGGACAGGGAACCAGUAGGAGCUCCUUUCUUUUUCUGUGACACGGAGAUGCCAGGGUCUGCGUCGCUAAAAGGACCACAUAUUGCAGAAAAUGAAGAAGAAAGAGGGACCAACAGAACUCCAUUGCCAAAGUUACCCAAGAAGCAGAAUGAAGACAAGCAGGAAGACUGAGAGCCAGAUCCUCAAUAAAAAAAAUCUUCCAUCUCUACUUUUUAUGGAUAUUUGCACAUUUUUAAGGAAUUCUACAAACAAGUGCCUGUGGGAAAUUUAAUAUUUUGCUGUUUAUAUUCUGGAAAGUGUUACUUUUACCAUCUAAAUAAGAUUUUAUUAAAACACAUUGGGCUUGAUUUAAAGGCUCAGUCCCAUCUGAACUGAUUACAAGAUGAAUUGUAUUUGUUUGUUUUAAAAAAAAAAAGUGAAAAUUGAUGAAAGUACUAAAAUAUUGAAUUAAUUUCAGGUAAUUCUUACCUUAUUGAUGUCGUAGGCAUUUUGUUUUUGUUCUUGUGUGUGAGUUCCUUCAGGUUAUUUCUUUGUCCCUUUUUAGAUUUUUUUGCUUUAUUUCACAAAAAUGACUGCUAGAAUGCUUUGUUAAAAAGGGCUUAAAAAUGGAUUUGACCAAGAAAAACAUGUUUUGAAACUUAUGCUUUUGUAAUUUUAAACAGUUAUUUGUUCAUAAUAAUUUUCUGUUACAAUGUAGUAUAGUUUUUGUUCUUUCCUGGAACCUAUAGUUUGUUUUUGUGUUUAAUGAAUGAAAUUGAGGUGACGAUAAGGCCAAGUGUCUCCUGUGGCGUACUUUAAGAUGAAUUUAAAGUUUAGUUUGGUAAAUCAAAAUUUGUAACACGUUAAAAUGCAGAUAGUUGAGUUUAAAACUUUUUUUCCUGCAGCUGAACUGUGAGAAAACUUGUUUUUGUUUGCAUUAGGGUACACAGUUGAGUCUUUUUCUGUUGAAGAACAACUGAUGUAGUGUUUUUUUUUUUCGUGUGUUAAUUAAAAGUUUGAAUGAUGAUA